AGGGCGGCCGGCGGCGCAGGGAGGCUGAUCGCGGCCCAGGGACCGCGCGGUGGCCUCCUCCCUCUGCGCGCUCCGCUCCCGGCCCCGCGCGGGGAGCUCGCUGGCCGCAGGGACUGGCCCGGCGGCGGCGGCGGGGGACCCUCGCCCCGCUGAGUUGGUGGCGCUGUCCCCGCGCGAUGCGCUGAGGGCGCCCCCCGGUCCUCACCCUGGCGUCCGCCGCUGCGCCCCGAGCCGCCGACCCCAUGGGCCCCUCAGGCCCCGCACGCGGCGGGCGAGCGCCGCCUUCUAGGCGGUGGCGGAGGCUGCUGCUGCUGCUGCUGCUGUCUCUGCAGGUGGCAGUGCCCGCGGGUGCGCUUGCUGAGACCCUGCUGGACGCACCCGGGGCCAGGGGUGCCAGCUCCAACCCGCCGAGCCCCGCCAGCGUGGUGGCCCCGGGGACGACGCCGUUCGAGGAAAGUCGGCUGCCCGUGUUCACCCUGGAUUACCCCCACGUGCAAAUCCCUUUCGAGAUCACUCUGUGGAUCCUACUGGCCUCAUUGGCCAAGAUCGGGUUCCACCUGUACCACAAGCUGCCCACGAUCGUGCCUGAGAGCUGCCUGCUCAUCAUGGUGGGACUCCUGCUGGGGGGGAUCAUCUUUGGGGUGGACGAGAAGUCCCCCCCGGCAAUGAAGACGGACGUGUUUUUCCUCUACCUCCUGCCGCCCAUCGUGCUGGAUGCCGGCUACUUCAUGCCCACGAGGCCGUUCUUUGAGAACUUCGGCACCAUCUUCUGGUACGCCGUGGUGGGCACCCUAUGGAACUCCAUCGGCAUCGGCGUGUCUUUGUUCGGCAUCUGCCAGAUUGAGGCCUUCGGCCUGGGUGACAUCACGCUGCUGCAGAGCCUGCUGUUCGGCAGCCUGAUCUCGGCCGUGGACCCCGUGGCCGUGCUCGCGGUCUUUGAGAACAUUCAUGUCAACGAGCAGCUCUACAUCCUGGUGUUCGGCGAGUCUCUGCUCAACGACGCAGUCACGGUGGUCCUGUACAACUUGUUCAAGUCCUUCUGUCAGAUGAAAACCAUCCAACCCAUCGACGUGUUCGCGGGCAUUGCCAACUUCUUCGUGGUGGGCAUCGGCGGGGUGCUGAUCGGCACCCUGCUGGGCUUUGUAGCCGCCUUCACCACCCGGUUCACACACAACAUCCGGGUCAUCGAGCCCCUCUUUGUCUUCCUGUACAGCUACCUGUCCUACAUCACGGCCGAGAUGUUCCACCUCUCCGGCAUCAUGGCAAUCACGGCGUGCGCGAUGACGAUGAAUAAGUACGUGGAAGAGAAUGUGUCCCAGAAGUCCUACACAACCAUCAAGUACUUCAUGAAGAUGCUGAGCAGCGUCAGCGAGACUCUGAUCUUCAUCUUCAUGGGCGUGUCCACCGUGGGAAAGAACCACGAGUGGAACUGGGCCUUCGUGUGCUUCACGCUGGCCUUCUGUCUGAUCUGGAGAGCGCUGGGCGUCUUUGUCCUGACUCAAGUGAUUAACUGGUUCCGGACCAUUCCGUUGACCUUCAAGGACCAGUUCAUCAUUGCCUACGGAGGGCUCCGAGGUGCCAUCUGUUUUGCACUGGUGUUUCUCCUCCCUGCCACUGUGUUUCCCAGGAAGAAGCUGUUCAUCACAGCUGCCAUUGUCGUCAUAUUCUUCACUGUCUUCAUCCAGGGGACAACCAUCCGACCGCUGGUGGAGUUUCUUGACGUCAAGAGAUCCAACAAGAAGCAGCAAGCUGUCAGCGAGGAGAUCCACUGCAGGUUUUUCGAUCACGUGAAGACUGGGAUUGAAGAUGUCUGUGGACACUGGGGUCACAACUUCUGGAGAGACAAGUUUAAGAAGUUUGAUGACAAGUACCUUCGGAAGCUUCUGAUUCGGGAAAAUCAGCCCAAGUCCAGCAUCGUGUCCUUAUAUAAGAAGCUGGAGAUAAAGCACGCCAUUGAGAUGGCAGAGACUGGGAUGAUCAGCACUGUCCCCUCGUUCGCUUCUCUCAAUGAUUGCCGUGAAGAAAAAAUAAGGAAGCUUACACCAGGUGAAAUGGAUGAAAUUAGAGAGAUAUUAUCAAGGAAUCUCUAUCAAAUCCGUCAGCGGACCUUGUCCUACAACAGACACAACCUGACGGCGGACACAAGCGAGAGGCAAGCCAAGGAGAUCCUCAUCCGCAGGCGACACAGCCUUCGGGAGAGCCUCCGCAAGGACAACAGCACCAACCGGGAGCGCAGGGCUUCCACCUCGACUGCCCGGUACUUAUCCUUACCUAAAAACACAAAGCUUCCGGAGAAGCUGCAGAAGAAGAGGACGGCAAAUGCAGAUGGCAACAGCAGCGACUCGGACCCAGACGCCGGAGCCACCGAGCUCACCCUGCAGCCCCGGGCCAGGCGCUUCCUGCCGGAUCAGUUCUCCAAGAAGGCCUCCCCGGCCUACAAAGUGGAGUGGAAGAACGAGGUGGCCGCGGGGCCCGCGCGCGCGCAGCCCGCCACGCCUCCGGGCCCGCGCAGCCGGGACGGGGGCACGCAGACCCCCGGCGUGCUCAGGCAGCCCCUGCUCGCCAGAGACCGGCGCUGCGGCCGGCCCCGGGAGGACAGCGCGGCCGAGGACGGCCCGCCCAAGCCCCCGCCCAGGCUGGUGCGGAGGGCCUCGGAGCCCGGCAACAGGAAGGGCCGCCUGGGCCCCGAGAAGCCCUGAGGCCGGAGGCGCGGCCUGCGCAGCUAGCGAGCUCGCGGCUUGCUGCCCGAGCCCGGUCCGCCGCGGAGUCCACCUGAAAGCCCGCCUAGAAGCAGCCUUUGGUGGUCUAGCCGAGCCUCUAACUCCCGGGAGCACAGGAGGGGCAAAGGACGUUAGCCCCGCAGAACCGCUUUCCUGACCUUGGGCUGGUAGGUGUGUUCUUUGCGGGCCUCAAAGGAAAAAAAAAAUGUGUGCCUUUAUUGAACUUGAAUGACAGAACUUGAAAAAUUAUUUUAACACACCGUUGUUGGUGAAAAUUUUAAUAUAUUACAAAUACGCCUCAGUUUUUAUUUAUGAAAAAAAAAAAAGUGUUUAUCUGUAGCGAUCAUUUUUUAAGGCGGUGAGAACGUCUCUCCAGGGGGUGACGGGCAGUUCCUAGAGGUGGGUCCUGAGUUCUGGGUCCCACUCUGCUCAUCCUGAGCUGAUGGGCAGCAGAACACGGUCCCUAGCAGAGGCUGUGGCCGCCAGGAACAGGGCACCGGGGGCAAUGUGUAGGCAGAUGGAAUGGCAUGGCUCUCAGAGUGUGGGCUGGAAGUCCCUGUACAACUCUGAAAUAAAGAGGGACAGACUGCCCUCAGCCCGUUCUUCCUGUGUUUGCCAUGGCUGUGGAGUAACAUUUAAUCUCCACCUUACCCCCCGUCCCGAGAGCCCCUUCCCCCCUCCCUGCCAGGAACAGAAAGAAAGAUUCACUUGAGCAAAACCAGCUCUAGUUUCUAGACCUGGUGGCAGCUCCCGUGUGUGAGGACCUCUUGUGGCCAGUGAGGAGACAGGGCGGCAGCUCCUGACAGCUUGGUUUUCACCCUGUGCGGUGCUGGGAGAAAAGCGGAGGUGGUUCCUUUCCCAGGCACCCUGACCACCUGCUGUGAUAAAAAUGUCCUUCAGUAC